CCCGCCGUCCUUUGCGCGACAGCAGGCGACAAGAUGGCGGCCCGAGGGAGACGGGCGGAGCCUCCGGGCCGGGAGGCGCCGGGCCCGGCGGGCGGAGGCGGCGGCGGCGGCGGCGGAGGCGGAGGAGGCGGCGGGAGCCGAUGGGCCGAAUCGGGGCCCGGCACGUCUCCCGAGAGCGGCGACGACGAGGCGUCGGGCGCGGGGUCGAGCCCGGUGUCGGGCGGCGUGAACUUGUUCGCCAACGACGGCAGCUUCCUGGAGCUGUUCAAGCGGAAGAUGGAGGAGGAGCAGCGGCAGCGGCAGGAGGAGCCGCCCCCGGGCUCGCGGCCCGACCAGCCGGGGGGCGCCGGGGACCCGAAGAGGAAGGGCGGCCCGGGCCCCACGCUCAGCUUCGUGGGCAAGCGCAGAGGCGGGAACAGGCUAGCCCUCAAGACCGGGAUAGUUGCUAAGAAGCAGAAGACGGAGGAUGAGAUAUUAACGAGUAAAGGCGACGCCUGGGCCAAGUACAUGGCGGAGGUGAAAAGGUACAAAGCCCACCAGUGCGGGGAUGACGAUAAGACGCGACCCCUGGUGAAGUGACCCGCUUCCCGCCGGCCUCGGGGGCCCCUCCCGGACUCUCUGCAGAUGCACUAAACUAUUUAAGGCCAGGCCAAGCGGUUCAGCCUUCCUCCCACCCCUGAAGGACUCACGCACAGGAGGAGAGAAAGAGACCCCCCAGACGCCUCCCCCCCUCGCAGCCCGGACUGACCUAGCCACUGAGCCUCCUGGACUCUGGAUCCCCCUCCUGGAUCUCUCCCCUCUCUCUCUCUCUCUCUCUCUCUCUCCCCCUCCCUCCCUCCCCCCCUCCUUCUCUUGUCUUGACCCGAGCACUCCUCAGACUGCUUCAAACAGUGGUGCACUGUGCCCUGUCUACCCGCCUUCCCCCCCACCUCUGUCUCUGGCUCUCUCUGGCUCGUUCUGCGUGCCUCUUCUGGAACCCCCACACACACCCCUCCCCACAGCAUCAUUUCAUUGUUUUCUGGGAAGUAAAAAAAAAAAGAACUUGACUUUCGUUCUUCA